GGUCGCUCCUUAAGAAAAUACGUGUUUUUAUUCUACUGGGUUUAACAUUGGCAGCAGCAAAAUAACACUUUUUCAAUACGAUGAAGCUAAAAAAUUUCUUCAAAAGCAUCCCAACACAUAUGGACUAUGAAGGACAGAAACUAGCAGAGCGACUGUUCCAUAUCAUAAUCCUGUUCUUUGGUGUGGUAGGCUUUGCUUGGGGAUAUUACAUACAACAGUUCGGCGCAACUAUAAUCAUUCUAGCAGCUGGAUUUAUAGUCAGCUGUUUGCUGGUGUUGCCUCCAUGGCCUAUGUACAGAAGAAAUCCACUGGACUGGCAGAAGCCACGCCCAGAGAAAGCAGACACGAAAAAAGAAGGAGGAAAAAAGAAGCAAAAGUGAAUCCUAGAUUACAUUCUGGUAGAGCUAGCUUUGUAAUAAAUUAUUAAAAUGUACUACCAAGUGAUAAAUGUCUGUUUAUGUGACUUACUUACUUUAUACAAUGAUAUGGAUUUUGGUAAGUUGUAAGUUGAUCAAAAUUUCGUACAUUGUAGCCAAGAAUUAUAACUGAAUAUGGUAGGAGAAUUUAUCUGCCAACCCAAAGUUUCCCACAGUCCUGACUUUAAUCUCAUAUACUGUGGUGUGCAUCAUUUUGGCCAUGAUAAUCAUUACUGAACACAACUCAUCUUUCUUCUCUGAUAAAGCAGUUGAAAUGGUAUUCAGAAAAAAAAAUUCACCAUUCUGUUUGUUGCAUUGCAGACAGCAUAUACAUAUACUCAAAAUACUCUUAUGAAGCCUAAAUGGGAAGAGAUGGGUUAUCAGGAUCUAAAUUGAAACAUGCUAAAGAAUUUGAGGAACUGUUAUUGUUCUUUGUAGCAUUAAACCUCUCUUCACACCAGCUGUUUUUCAGCUUUAUAUAUUUGUAGUCAAACAGUUGCCUGAUCAGUUUGUUAAAUUAUAUAUAUAUAAAUAUAUAUAAUUUACAUUUAUACAGUAGAUAUUAUAUAUAAUUAUAUAUAUAUGCACAGGAGCCUCCAAGUCACAAAUUUUCAAUCUGGCAAAACUUUGAUACUGCAUGUUACAUUGAGUGUUUGAGUAUAAGAACUUGAAUUUUACACAUGUUGUCUGUUUGUGUUAAACCAUUCGCAUGUUAUGUGUUAAAAAUCGGUCGAUAGAUGUGCUUGGUCGAGAGUGCGCUAAUAUGAUUGUAAAGUUUGCCACUGGUCCUUUUUUUUUUCAAUUUUUUUUUUCUUGAGGAAUCUUUCAUGAAAGCAAUGGAGAACAUUUUCGGUAUUUACAUAGCCUUUUAUUGACACUAGGAGGGUUGGGAGAAUACUGACUAAAGCUAAUCAAACCUCUGACUUCGUCAAGAGUUCGUGUGACAACACCUGCACGCAUGAAAAUGAGGAAAUUUCGAAAAAUAAAAUAAAAAAAAAACAUUGGCAUCGUUUAAGAAAAAAGAACAGAGAUAAAAGCUGAUUAGUUCG